GUAAAAGCCUGUCCUGUCCUUCCCAAAGCAAAAAAAAACAGAAGAAGCAAAAAGCUUUUCUUUUCGAACAGCAAGCAAAAGCUACCACCGGACAGAUAUGGCCUCACUCUCCACUCAUCUUCUUCGCUCUUCUUCCCCCUUCGCCUUGCCACUCGCUGCUUUCUUCUGCAUCUUUUUCUCUCUACAAAUACUCCCACGCCCAGUUCUCUCUCAGUGCAGCAACGUCCCGGUCAUCUUCAACUUCGGCGAUUCCAAUUCCGACACCGGCGGCCUCGUCGCCGGGCUCGGGUUCCCUGUGAAUCCGCCCAAUGGUCGUGCUUUUUUUGGCAACUCAGCCGGUCGGCUCUCCGAUGGACGCCUGGUCAUCGAUUUCCUCUGCCAAAGCGUGAAGGCGAGCUUUCUGAGCCCAUACAUGGAGUCGCUGGGGUCCACGUUCCGAAAUGGGGCGAAUUUUGCAGUGGUAGGGUCCUCCACCCUCCCGAAAUUCUUACCAUUUGCAUUGAACGUUCAGGUCAUGCAGUUCCUCCGUUUCAAAGCUCGCUCACUUCAACUUGCUGCUGCAGGCGUUGGAAAUAUGAUCAGUGAUGAAGCGUUCCGCAACGCACUUUAUAUGAUUGAUAUUGGACAGAAUGACCUGGCCGGUACGUUCUCUAAGAACCUCUCGUACGUGCAAGUUAUCAAAAGGAUCCCAUCCGUAACUAUAGAGAUCAAGAAUGCUAUCAAGGCUAUAUAUGGUCAAGGUGGGAAGAAAUUUUGGAUACACAACACUGGACCCUUGGGUUGUCUUCCCCAAAAGCUCUCGAUGGUUCAAAGAAGUCCCAAUGAUCUUGAUCCCCACGGAUGUCUUUCGAGCUACAAUGCUGCUGCAGGAGUAUUCAACGAAGCAUUGCGCCAUUUGUGCACGGAAAUGAGUUCUGAACUGACAGAUGCUACUAUCGUGUAUGUGGACAUAUAUUCGAUCAAGUAUGAUCUCAUUGCCAACUCUACCAAAUAUGGUUUCGAAAGUCCAUUGAUGGCCUGUUGUGGCUAUGGCGGACCUCCAUACAAUUACAACAUUAAGGUGCCAUGUGGCCAGACCGGCGCUCAGGCCUGCAGCGAAGGAGCUAAAUACAUCAGUUGGGAUGGAAUCCAUUUCACUGAAGCAGCAAACGCCAUUAUAGCCUCAAAAAUACGUUCCAUGGCCUAUUCUACUCCACAUACUCCCUUUGAUUUCUUUUGUCGCGGUUGAUCUUCCGUGAGGAAAUGUGCAUUUGAACUUCUAUACUUGUUGUGGAAAGCACGGGGAGAUCUCUAAGAAAAAACUACUUGGUUUUAGAGGCUAGUUGAAGAAGGCAGGAGUCUCUGAUUUUUUAGUUUUGUUUCUACUCUUUGGAGAGUUUCCUCUGUGUAGUUGAUGACAAAGCAUCAUUGGAAAAUGUGGCUUAUUGAGUUUCCUAUCUAUUCAUAAUUUUUUGGUAAGUUGUUCGAAA